AUGACGGUCUGCACGAGGACGAAUCCUCGUGGGGGCCCUGCAGGGACACAGCGCCAGAGCAAACGCAGCGAACCCCGGGCUGGCCCACUGGGGAAGCGCUGCUACUGCUUGAAACCUCGGUUUCACGCCCUCGCUCUCGGGGCUGAUGAUGGCAGCAACGCUGUCACCUCUGAUCCUGGCACCUCCCGGCAUCGCCCCAAGGAGCCGAACGUCAUUUACCAAAGGAAUGUGGGACCUCAGGAAGGUUUUUGGGAGGGUGCUGCCGAACCGCUGGCGUUGCAGCGGGGGGUGGGUGAGACCUCGCACCCUUCCCCCGCAGCACCGAAGAAGGAGAAACCCCUGGAAGAUGACGAGUCCCGAAAAGUCCUGACGAAGGGCCCCCGGGCCGAGCUCGCAGGCGCUCCUGGAGCUGUGACAUGCCAGCCCCAGGUGCGAGCACCCCGGCGGCCCCCCAGCCCCUGCACCCAGCUGCUGCAGAACGGAGCCGGGCGGGGGCCAGAUCCAGGCGGUGCCAACGGGGAGGCGGGGAACGGGGUCUUCCGCCCCCUCCCCAGCACCCAGAAGCCCCACCGAAAGCUGCAGUCGCACCACUCCAUCAACAGCCAGAGCAGCAAGAAGAGCAAGGGCAGCUCCAAGUCGGCCUCUUCCCACAUCCCUAUUGAGGCGCAAGAAGACUGCUGCGUCCACUGCAUCCUCUCCUGCCUCUUCUGCGAGUUCCUGACCCUCUGCAACAUCGUGCUGGACUGUGCCACCUGCGGCUCCUGCACCUCUGAGGACUCCUGCAUCUGCUGCUGCUGCUGCAACUCGGGCGAGUGCGCGGACUGCGACCUGCCCUGCGACAUGGACUGCGGCAUCAUCGACGCCUGCUGCGAGUCGGCCGACUGCCUGGAGAUCUGCAUGGAGUGCUGCGGGCUCUGCUUCUCCUCCUGA